AAGAAGGAGAGAUCUACUUUCGUUCUGGAGAAUCCUUAAUAGGCUUCAAAGCUUCUCCUUACAAAGAUGCAAACCUUGCCCAGUCCUGGAGAAUCCAUCACCUGUAGUGGCCCGCACUAUGACAGAGCGAAAGAAGCAAAGGAAUUCGACGAGACCAAAGCCGGCGUCAAAGGCCUCAUCGACUCCGGCAUGGCCAAGGUCCCUAGGCUCUUCAUCCACCCUCCCCAGAACCUGCGCGACGUGUCCUCUGACACAGAGGGGUCCGCCACUGACCUUAAGGUCCCCAUCAUCGACAUGAUGGGCUGUCAGGAUUCCCGGCUGCGGCGAGACGUGGUCGACGACCUCCGUAGAGCGUCGGAGACGUGGGGGUUCUUCCAGAUAAUUAACCACGGGAUCCCGGUCGAUGUGAUGGACAGCGUGUUGGAAGCUGUCAAGCAGUUCCACGAGCAGCCUGAGGGAGUGAAGGGAGAGUGGUACUCCAGGGACGACGCUAGGAAAUUUAGGUACUACAGCAAUGGAGACUUGUUUUUGUCCAAAGUAGCAACUUGGAAGGACACUCUCCUGUUUGAUUUCCCGUUUGGAGAGCCAGACCGAGAGGCAGUCCCUCUUCUAUUCAGAGAAACGGUUUUUGAGUACGAAAAACACGUGGAAAAAUUGAAGGGAUCUCUGUCUGAACUACUAUCAGAGGCACUGGGGCUCGAUUCAGGCUAUCUUGGUGACAUUGAAUGCAUGGACUCCAAGAGAAUAGUAAGCCAUUAUUACCCAACUUGCCCUGAGCCAGAGCUGACUCUGGGCACAAUCAAUCACUCAGAUGCCACAUAUCUCACUCUUCUCCUGCAAAACCACAAUGGUGGCCUCCAAGUCCGGCACCAGAACCAGUGGGUCGAUGUCUCCCCGGUGCCUGGAGCCAUCCUAGUCAUCAUUGGAGACUUCAUGCAGCUUGUUAGCAACGACAAGUUCAAGAGUGUGGAGCACCGGGUCCUUGCCAGGCGGGCUGGGCCCCGGGUCUCAGUCUUGUGCUUCCUCUUCCCAGGGGAGACGCGUAAGUCGAAGCCGUACGGGCCGAUAAAGGAGCUUCUCGACGAGAACAAUCCGCCCAUGUACAGGGAGACCUCUUUCACAGAGUAUUUUGGGUAUUACCUCUCCAGUGGCAAUGGCCUCAAUGGCGAAUCUGUGCUUCCUCAUUUCAGAGUAAGCGAGCCCAAGUAGAGAGUAGAAAAUGCAACAAAAAUCUUUGAAGAAGGUGUCGGCCUUCACAUGAAAUCCGAUGGCUGUCUUUUCAUUGAAUGUAGCGAUAGGACCACACCUCGAAAAGAAUAAUCAGAAUCUACUUUGAUUUGAUCGAGACUGAAACAAGAAAUUGCCAAAAUAUGAUGGCAUGCUCCUUCAGUCUCUGUGAAAGCAUUUGAAUCUCUUUCCCCUAAAUUUAUCGCGAGUUUCAUCA